AUGACCUUCGAUACGACGCUUACGACUUAUGUUCGAACAUGGUUUUCUACUGUGAUCAUAACAAUUCGAACAUCAUCUAUAUUCUCCUGUAAUCAGAACCACACGUCUACUCAAGCCUCAUUCUUAGAAUGUGUGUACUAUCAUGAAACUCUAUUUACAUCGAAAUGCACACCUUUAUCACCUACCGAUAGUAAUGUUCGAUCUGGAGUUAGUAUUGAAGCCAAGCUUUGCGGAAAACUUCUAACAUUCGGAAUCUUUAACGAGGUUUUUGUUUUUAUUUUAACAUCGCUUUCUGGAAAAUCUUUUGCGGAAUUAGAUGAUGUCACGGAAAGGGAAAAAUUGGCCAUCGAGGGUUUACAGGCUAUACACGCAAGGGGAGUGAUUCAUGGGAUGUUAGGUUGGAGAAUAUAA